AUGGACAACUCUGCUGCCAACGAAGCAAGAAGCAAAUACCUGAAGCACCUCGGUGAGGAACAGCCUGUGGUUGUCAAUGAACUUGAGCUAGCAGGUCUCAUUGACAAGCCGUUGACGAUCCCGACGGAUCUCCUCAAACACUGGCUCACGAACCUCAAAAUGGCGACCAACAUGAAUAAAACUGGAACACAGAAAUAUGACUUGGGUGGAUUUGGACUUGACCCUCCCACAUUCAUGCGGCCUGGCGGAGGAUUGAGGCAUGGCGAGUUUGAUUGA